AUGGCGUCGUCGUCGGUGUUUUUGCAAAAGACGUAUUCGAUGCUGUCACAGAGCCCGCCGUCGGUGCUGUCCUGGUCAUCGGCCGGCGACGCGUUCCUAGUCUAUGACGUCAAGACGCUCGAGGGCAGCCUCCUGUCGCGCUACUUUAACCACAACAACUUUGCCUCGUUUUCGCGUCAACUGCGCUUCUACGGCUUCGAGAAGACCCGCUUCCGCCAGCGCAAGCGAGACGAGGCUCAGUUUAGCUUCCAGCAUCCCCACUUUCGACGAGACGCGCCCGAGGCCAUGAAGGCCAUUCGGCGCAAGACCUACCACAUCGCCGACGACGGCGUCUCCAAAAGCGAGGUUGACGAUCUGCGCGUCACCAUGGACCGCCUCGAGGUCCAACUCCAGGCGCUUGUCCAGCAAACGUCUGUGCUCGCGAUGGUCAUACAGUCGGCUUGCGCGCCGCCGCCGACAGUGCCGCCGCCGGUGUGCACAGUGUCGGACGAGAGCUACUACGAUGAAGACCUCGCCACUGUCCUCUACGAGUUUAACCAGCCGUGAUCGCCACGGAAAUAUCCCUUAAUUUAGUCGAUACAAUUCGCUUCUUCCUA